UUUGCAUUUUAAUACAUAAGAAGAUCCGGAUCCGGACCCGCUCCUGACCCGAUGGUUGGUUGGUGCUUGCGCCUUUUCCAGUUCCCAAUUUCAUCGUCUUUUUCUCUUCCAUCUCUAGUCCGAUCGGUGUAUUAUUAGCAACUAGCAAACCCUAGUAGCUUCAAUCAUAUUGUUCCGUCGUUUCAGCAAACGCAAUGAACCGUGGCAGAGGCGGCAACCGCGGCGGCGGCGGUGGUGGUGGAGGAGGGCGCUACGUUCCCCGAGGGCGAUCGUCACAAUCUGCGGAUCGUCACAGCCCUAUUGGAGCUCAUUCAAACGAGUCUUCUCCUGGUAAUGGAAGUGGAUCUUCGAGAAGUGAAACAAGAAACUCGGAAGUAGCAGCGGUCGAUAACGUAACAAAGAAAUUCAGUGAUAUGUCAUCAUCAGAUUAUCAACAAGGACCUAAUUCUGAACCCCGUGGAGUUAAAACCGCGUCGCCAAAUGAUGGAAAUCCCAGACGAGUACAGAAUAUUGCUCCAGGUUUUGAUAAUGAUUUUCCUUCAUUGUCAACCGAGUCAGCUCAGACGAUAGACUGUAGUUUUAUGAACGGUAAGCUCCCUAAGGAAGUUGAAAGUGGGAAGAGUACUUCUGAUGGAACUAGCGGAAAAAGUGGAUUCGAGAAUUCUGAUAGCCAACAAAAAGGAUGUUCUUUCGAUAUUUGUGAGCAGAGAGAUAGAAAUGUUGUGAAGCUGAAAACACCUCUGCAUGUGAAGAACAAAGCCGCGAGGAAUGAAAUGAAGCGUCGUACCGAAGGAUACAACAACAUACAGAAUCUUAGGCCUGGCAUGAUUCUACUAAAGAAUUAUUUAUCCGUAUCAGACCAGGUCAAAUUGAUAAAGGCGUGCAGGGAUCUUGGUCGAGGGUGCGGAGGUUUUUACCAACCUGGGUACAGUGAUGGAGCAAAGUUACAGUUGAAGAUGAUGUGCCUUGGUAAAAAUUGGGAUCCCGAGACAAGCACGUACGGUGAUAAAAGGCCCAUUGAUGAAGCCGAACCUCCCCCUAUUCCCGUUGAGUUUCAGCAUUUGGUUAAAGAAGCUAUUCGGUAUUGCCAUAGUCAUUUAGAGUCUCAUUCCAAAGAAAAGAGUCCGAGAGAUAUUCUUCCUUCGAUGUCUCCAAACAUAUGUAUCAUCAACUUCUACACAAAGAACGGGAAACUUGGUCUUCAUCAGGAUAAAGAUGAAAGUCAAGAAAGUUUAAGUAAAGGACUUCCUGUGGUAUCUUUCUCAAUCGGUGACUCUGCAGAAUUUCUGUUCGGGGGGGACCAGAGGGACAUCGACAAGGCAGAGAAAGUUGUACUGGAAUCAGGGGAUGUGUUAAUUUUUGGUGGUGAAUCGAGGCAUAUUUUUCAUGGUGUUAGUAACAUUAUUCGCGAUACUGCCCCUAAAGCUCUUCUGGAGGAAACCGAUUUUAGACCCGGCCGUUUGAAUCUCACUUUCCGAGAGUACUGAUGUUUACACUGUGGUAGUAUUGUACAAGUUUAUUGUAUCUGCUGUUGUUUUGAAUUACUACAUAAGAUUUAAGGUGGGGUGAUUCUGUACAGUUGUACUACUAUAGCUUGUUAAUUGUCACUUGUUUCAAGAUAUAACAUUUUAUUUUCCCCCAA